GUGGAGUUCUCAUAAAGAUCUUGAAGUUUGCUCAUCUAAGGAAGCAUGGAGGUAUUUGGAAAAUCUAUGGUAGCUGUGCCUUCAAAUGUUAUUUAUUUGUCAAGUAUUCUAGGCCAAGAUGGGCCAAACCCUGUUCACAAGUGCGAUUGGAAAUGUGAAAAUGAAAACGUAUGUGGAAACAUAUACCGCUGCAGACUAACUGGACUUACACACAUCUGUGACAAAAACUGUAACCAGAGAAUUGUCUAUGAUAACCAUAGCUCCCUUUGCAGAGUGAGCAGGCAGGUUUUUCCUCUAACACCGGCUGAGGAACAGGCAGUGAGAGGUGUCCGGAGGAAGCUUGAUGCAGAGAGUUCCCCCUCUGACAGCUGCGCUUUUAAGCGCAUAAGGGAUGCACAGCUUCAUCCCUCUGCUUUUGAGAGAUCCUUUGUUGCUGUUGGUCCAAUCUGCAGUCAAAUUGGAGAUGGCAUGGACAUGAGCUAGGCAUAAUAAUUAAUAAACUCUCUUUUGUUUCCUAUUUUCCUUUUUUAUCUCCUUAUCGUUUUUUCCUUCUUUUUUUUUUUCAUUUUUAAAAUGCGGCAAGUAUGAAUAAUAGAACUUGAUGCGGGGUACUUUAAUGGAGGACCUUAUAUGUCAUGUCUCUGUAGGAAUGACUUAUAUUUCUAAACUUGUUUAAUGGAUUGCAAUGCUUCCUCUAGCUUGACUUUUUAUAGAAGAUUUGUCAAUGCUAUAUAUCUACUAACUUUUGCACAGGGUUCUUGGUGAAGCUUGAGUUUUAUUUUUUUACUGCACCAAAGUUUGGAACAAGUACAGGGUUCUUUUGCAAGCCCUGUGUCAGUAGCUUCAUUUGAUAUUUUUUUAAUUUUUUGUUUGGGCUUGGUAUGAUCUGUUUCGAAGUGGUGUAUUUUUCAUACUGUGUUAAGAGAUAUGUUGCUUAUAUUAUUGUGAAACAUGUUGAAUUUAUUUCAUGUUUAUAUUUAUUGUAAUUCACUUGGUAGUUGGUAGUUGGUAAUUGGAACUUGCUAAAUUUCACCACCGGAAGCAAUAUGCUCCUUGACUUUGGGUACUAUGUGGUUGGUACAUGUUGUACAGGUUUUCCGGGUACAGGGGAAGACAUUUUUGGUUUGUGAUCUUGUAGAAUUUUAUCAUAAGUUUUCAUUGAUUUACUUUUCCAACUGUGUUUCAGGUUGAAGAGGAACAAUGCGGUUUCUUUCUUAUUUUAUGCUUUAUUUUCUUUUGUUUGUUUAUUUUUUCAUGCUGGUUUUAAUUGGUGGUUUGCUGAAGCUAAUGUUUUUUUUUGCAGGUUGAAGCAUGUGCCAUUCAGGAGAGUUGAAAAUAUAUUAUUGCAUGUGAUUGAACAAUUGUAAUUUGGAAGUUUAUUGGACUGAAAGUUAGGCAUUUCUGAUGCAUUUUGUUUAUUGUUCUUGCAGGGAGGGAAGAACUUUUUAUUGCAGUGGGGAACAGUGGACGCUAAUUGACUGUAGAAAUGCAAUUGCUGCAGGUUGAUUUGGCCAGUUUUACGUGUUUCAUUUGUAACAGACAUAUGAAGUUGGGACAGCAUUCUUGACUUGAGGUUAACUUCACAUGGUUUAUGCUGGAUGGCAACAAGGAAGAACCUUAACUGUGAAACAAUUGCCCAAUUGUUGCAUAUGCAGUGAGAAAAUUCGUGGAGCAUCUUCUGCUUUACUAUUAAUGGAUUUUUGUGUUCCAAAGCCCUAGUUGGUCCACUGGAUAUUGGAACAAUAGCUUGGAUGGCUUUGUGAAGGCAGCAAUGGCGCUUGUUACCCCUUUUCAAUAAAAUAACCUUGAAGGGUUAUUUCUUGUUAUUUUAUUCUAUUUUCAACACAGUAUUUGGUUUCUGGCCUAGCUUUAUUGGUUGAGAGUGUACUUGAGAAGAUUGUCUAAUUCAUAUGCAUUGCUACCAAACUGAUUUGAACUA